CUAACCCGUCUGUGAGGCGUUGAAAUGAAAUGAGCUGAACGGAGAGGCGCCGAGUGUUUUGGGGCUCUGAUCCACCGAAUGAAACAGCGCAAAACUGAGUCAGGAUGACCUCCACACUUCGGCGAAUCAUCCUGUAGUCAUGAAACAGACCUCACACUGCGAUCCAUAGGCAGAGUUUGGCAGAUCAGAUUACAGGGGCUCCGCUGCUGCCGUGCUGCAGCUUUUGAUCUGAGCGCUGACUUUGUCCGGGCUGCUCUUCUUGUUGCACUCGGGCUGGAAAGAGAACCACCAGCAGCAGCAGCAACGGUGCAAUGCAGGAGGGAAGAGGGUAAAGAAACCUCCUGGAGCAGCCUGGGCUUCCUCUGAUAACUUCAGGACACAGUCAGUCACUGCUGCUAACAUCGUGGAGAGCGUCCGGAUGGCUUCAGCACGAGGGCCCACCUGGCGUCCUGUCCUGAGGACAAUUUUUCUGCAUUUAUUACUAGUUGCGAUAAUGGCAGAGGAGAGAAGAGAAUGCAGAGAACAGGAGUACAAGGACCAGUUUGGGAACUGUAUCGCCUGCAGGCAUUGCGACGCCGGACAAGAACUAUCAAAGGAAUGUGGCUUCGGCUAUGGAGAGGAUGCCCAGUGUGUGCCCUGCAGGGCCAGCCGCUUCAAAGAAGACCGCGGCUUGCAGAAGUGCAAGCCCUGCCUGGACUGUGCCCUCCUCAACCGCUUCCAGAAGGCCAACUGCUCCAGCACCACCAACGCUGUGUGCGGCGACUGCCUGCCGGGGUUUUACAGGAAGACGAAGUUAAGUGGAUUCCAAGACAUGGAGUGCAUUCCGUGUGGAGAUCCACCACCGCCAUAUGAGCCUCAUUGCAGCGGGCGUGUGAAUCUGGUGCCCAUCCCCUCAACAGUGACCAGCCCCAGAGACAUGGCCUUGGCUGCGGUUAUCUGCAGUGCCCUGGCCACCGUCCUGCUAGCUCUGCUAAUCUUGUGUGUCAUCUACUGCAAGAGGCAGCUCCUGGAGAAAAAGCCUGCAUCACUGAGGUCUCAAGACAGUCCCUUCACUGGAGCAGAGCUGUCUUGUUUGGAUCGGCGGCGAGUUCUGGACUUUUCCCAGCGACCCUGCUGCCACUGUCACCACAUGCCUGGGCAAACUUGUGCAGGUCCUGUGCACCUGAUUCCCUCUCUGUGCUGUGAAGACACAUGCAGUCAAGGCCCCGCUCAAGACAACAGCCCCUUUCAGUCUCAAAGCAGUCUCAAUGAGAGCCUGCUAACAGGUGCUACAGUCAAAAUACAUCCUCCCUUCAGCAAACGCAUGCUUUUUCGUUUCAACCCCAGCCAUGUAAACCCAUCAGUGAUGAGCAGCCAGGGUGAUCUGGGACAGGCUCCAGAUCCUCUUCUUGCUGAAUUCUCCGAGGCGUGGCCACUCACGGAUGCUGCAGAGAGCAGAAACCAUGCGUCCUGCAGUUCACAGCCCACAAAGAACAGCAGCUCAUGCUCAUUGGAGGAGGAGGAGGAGGAAGAGAACAAGCAAGAGGAACACAGCUACAGUUUGGUCUCCACCAAGCCCACUUCAGAAGUUCUACGAGAUGGAUGUAAUUUGUCAGAGACCUCACUCCUGUCACAGCAACAUGCAUCUACACUGGAAGGAUGACCUGGCCUUAUCUAGCCCGUGUUUGUCCUUAAGAACGACUCUGGAAGUGAAAAGCACUGAGGAAGAUCCCAGCUCAGAUUACAGGAGGCCACACACGCACUCUGAAGACCAGGUGACAUGUUGUUACCUCCAGCCAGCCUGUGGCCUCUAGAUAUCCUACCCAAAUCAGAACAGACUUUGUAAAUAAACAUAAGCAUGAUCUGUACAGAAAAGAUGACGACAAAACCAAAGCAGGCUGAGGAGGAAAGAAGCUUGUGCAAUGCAGUGUUCAGCUGGCAGGCACUUGUGAUGAGUGCUACUUCCGGUCAUGAAGCUGAACCGGAAAUUAUGGAUUUCUGUUUGCAAGCAUGGCACAGAACUGAGAGAAAGAAUUGAGAAAUGUACACUACUGGAGCUUUUUGUGGGUGGGAAAGUAGUCGCUUUUGAAGAUAUCUAAACUGCUAUGUGUUGCUCACAUGCACCCAAUGUGUAUUCCAAUGUUAUAAUUAGAGCACAGGUACUUGGCAACAACACCUGAACUGUCCAGUCUAGACGGCGGGCCUCUGUCCUGGUCUUGGAGGAUCUACCACGCUGGAGAGCUCAGAUCCAACACACAUGGCUCUCAUAUUCAGGUCCUCCUGAAGUCCUUCAUUACCUGGGUCAGUUGUGUUAGAUUAACGCUGGAGCUGAACUCUGCAGGGUGGUAGAUCUCCAGGGCCAGGAAUGGGCAUCCAGAGUCUAGAUGAAUCUACACAUGGUCGGGAUUAUUCCCUGUGUGAUUUCUUAUGUGUUGCUUUGUAGAUACUGUAUUAUAGGAAAUUGAAGGACAAUAUUUUUAUAAUGUAGAUAAAACAUGGCCACUUUUCAUAAUUAUAGUUGAUGAGCACUUGCUUCUUGUGUAUAGACUUUAUUGCUUUCCAUUUGUAAAUAAACUAUAAACAAUAUUA